CUUAAGACUUGUUAUAUGCCGGGAGCUAGCUAAAGGUUUCUGCGCUGGAUUGAUCACUUUCUCCGCUGCAUUUAUGAGCUUCAUAUUUAAGAGAAAUUAAGCGGAUAAAUUGAGACAGAUAUAUGAUUGUGUUUAUUUUUCCGGAAGAUUAACGUUAUUUGGGAAUAAACUAUGCAAUCAACAGAAACAUGUUUUGAAAUUGGAUUUUAUAUUGAUCAGAGAGAUAUAAUUAACAAAACAUUCAGUAAACUUGACCUAGAUAAAGGUCAUAUCCGGCGCAUAGCGCCAUCUAUUGAACGUCUAAGAUGUCACGAUUUUAGAAAUUUUGCUCUACCUGUUGGAAAAUGAAAGGAUAUUUGGGAUAUUGUCUGGUCUAUGAUGACUAUAGAUGAUUUUUAUAUCGAUAAGUCAAAAGAAGCGUUGAUCGAGGCGUACAGAGAGCGGAUCUAUCGAGCUUUCCAUGUAAACAUCACACUGUGUCAUGACGAAGAUAAACUGUCGACGAAAAUAUGCAUGUCAUCCCCGGACGAGAAUGGCACACCGAAAAACACUAAAAAGGCGAAAAGCUAUCUGGAGUCACUGACUACGGAUGAGAAGUCAAUGAGUCGUGUUAUUCAGACCCUUCCACAUUCUCAUUUUACCAUGGUCCAUGAAUUGCAAUCUACCAUUGAACGAGAUUCCCAAGCUGUGGUGGACUUUUCUAAGGAAAACUCACAUGUGUUUAUCUUUGGUAAAAAGGAAAAUGUUAGUAUUGCCCAAGUUCUGAUAGACAGGAUGGUGAAAAAAGAAGACAAUAUUGCACCCUACAUAGAUAUACGCCUACAUGGAGAGGAGGGUCAUGAUAAAAAAGGGAUUAAAGAGAGGUCGAAAAUUUCAUCCAAAAAUAAUGGGAAAGAUGAUGUGCAUUUGGUGAACAAAAAAGGAAAUUUCACUUCUGGUGAUGUUACAGAAAACAGUGGUUUGUUUGGUUCAAACUUGUGUACUUCAGAAAGUGCAAUUAGUGUGUCAAAUUUGACUGGUCCUACAGGGAAGAAGACACCACUACGGACACAUGCUGCCUUGAAAAGAACAGUCUCUGUUGGAGCGAGUCCCCUGCCACCAACACUUACUGCUCCAACAGAGAAUCGUCUUGCAAAAACUAAGUCUUAUGGCAGUGAGGUGAAAAACUCGUUUUCAAACUUGAAAAUAACUCAACAGUCAUCCACCUCAUCAGAAGAUGAGACCACAGAUGAAGAAGAAUACAACACAAAAAUUGAAUUUGCGUUAAAGCUUGGCUAUUCCGAACUGCAGUUGGCCUCAGUCUUAAGAAAGCUAGGCAACAAAGCUGGACAGAAUGAAAUUUUGUCAGAACUGAUCAAACUGAGCACAUCCACUGAGAAAGUUUGUAAGAACAGUGAUGAAAGUAACUCCAGUCUGUGUUCAAUGGAGGGAUCUGCAGAAAAUUUGCUGGCGUUCACUGCAGAGAACUGUUUUGUCCUAUCAGACUCAACUUCAAAUUUUCGUCCCAUUGUCAUAGAUGGUAGCAAUGUUGCCAUGAGUCAUGGGAACAAAGAAAUCUUCUCUUGUCGUGGGAUACAACUGGCAGUGGAUUGGUUCAGGGGUCGAGGUCACAAGGCCAUCAAUGUGUUUGUACCACAAUGGAGGAAAGAAACAUCUCGUGUUGAUGCUAAAAUCACAGAUCAGGAAAUUCUGUUUCAACUUGAAAAAGAGAAGAUUUUGGUGUUUACUCCAGCACGCCGAAUUGGUGGAAAGCGAGUGGUGUGUUAUGAUGAUCGAUACAUCUUGAACUUAGCAGUGGAUAGUGGGGGAAUAGUGGUAUCUAAUGACAACUAUAGGGAUCUUGUGAAUGAAAAACCAGAGUAUCGCAAAGUUGUGGAAGAGAGAUUACUCAUGUACUCCUUUGUAAACGACAGAUUCAUGCCACCUGAUGACCCACUUGGUCGGCAUGGCCCAAGUCUGGACAACUUCCUGUCUAAAGAGCCCAGACAGCCUGAACCUCUUCCCCCAAUCUGUCCCUAUGGUAGCAAGAAAUGCACAUAUGGCAACAAAUGUAAGUUCUAUCACCCAGAGAGAGGAAACAUGCCCCACAAAAUGGUGACGGAGAAACUUGCCGAGCAAGCCAAGCAGAAAAUCCAGGAGGUCCGGGAAAAUCGUAAAACACAGGAAGGCUUCAAAGGGAAACAACCUCUGUGCAAGAAAUCUUCUUUGGGCAAGACAUCCUUAACAAGGACCCAGUCUUUGACCCCCAAACUUCUCCCAGAUAACCUAAUUGCAGACACACCAACAAAGCGACACAGUGGAGACUUUGGUGAAGUAGCCAUGGAUGUGAUGCCCAGGACUAUGGAAUACAGAGAUGUAGUGAAUGAUGAGAAGUGGAAAAGUUAUAAUGACAAACUUUCUGAACAUCGAAAACAAGUCGAGCAGGCAGACAAAGAACACCAACGACAAAGAUCUGAAACCAUGGAAUCUCAGUUUAAUGUCAAUAAAAUGCAGACUAUGGAGCCAUUUAAUAUGGCCAGCAAAAUUGAACAUAGUGGAUCAAGGUCCUCUUCUCCAAAGCAGAGAUCUACACCAUCACCACAACAGAUGCCACAACAGGAGGUGUUUCUCAGUGGACAUUUGAUGCUGGCCAAGAAGUUAUCUGAUGAAGCUGGGGAGACUAAGCCUCACAAGUCAGAGGACAGGUUAUUCAACAGAAGCCCUCCCAGUGCUUAUCCCAGUACUAGCCCAUUGGCAACCCCUGUAAAGCAGAACAAGCCCCUGUCACAACUUCCUUCUCACAGUUUGACCCAUCAGUUGCCUCCUCAACAUCAGCCACUUUCUCAGCAGUUUUCUCAUCCAGUGCCAAUGCAGCAACAGCAUCAGAGAUUGAGUAGGCAAUUUUCUCUUCAAGAAUCACAAGAUGCACGAUUACAACAGGGUCAUACUAGUGCAUGUUUGUCUACUGCUUCACAUUCCUCUAGAGUACCUUUUCAGCAGGACAAUUUCGGGGCUUUUGGAAUGCCCAAGAACAUUUUUGCUGCUGGAAACUUCUCUAAUGUGCAUCCUCAGUUCAGUGGUAGACUAGAUCAUCGUUAUAUGGGAGAGGAAUCUGAACAUGCAGCUCUGAGCAGAAUGCAAAGUGCUCCAGAGACAGUAUUUACAAGAAAUGGUACCCCGCAAAAGAGGUUUGGAAGAAUGGUUCGUCAGAAUAGUUCAUCUGAUACACAGCUUCACUUGAUUGGAGAUACAGAUUUAGGACCCAAUGAAUACAGCUUAUUUCCUUCAGAAGUUUUGGACUCUAGUAAAGGAAACCAGCAGAAUUAUCAGUAUUCCACUGGUGUCAACGCACAGCGUCUGGAUCCACGGUGCAUCAGAAGUAGAGCUGCUGCCUGUCUAAAACCGCAGGAAUAUCGAUCUCAGCAUGAUAAUGGAGAAACUAGAUGGACCUUUGAACCUGUGCUAGGACAUUCUACUUAUGGAAGCCAUUGUCCAGUAACACAAGGCAUUGAUGCUUUUGAAUCUGAUUAUCCAUCUACACCUACAUGGCAAAAUCCGGAAAGUUUGAAAUACCCCAUACAGGAAUCAUAUAGCUAUCCACACCCAGUGUCAGAUCCAUUCCAUAGCGGUGGUCGUUUACCAUUUUCGCAGGAACACAGACCUGCUGAGAGGUGCUAUUCAGGGGGAUUUACAUUUCAGAAUCAAACUUCAUCAGACUUGUGUGCAAUGUCCAACUUUUGUGAAAGUCAACAACAUUCCAUGUUACAAACUCCUUCUGGCAAACAGAAUGUAGGAAUCAUUGGACAAGAACACAAACAAAAUUUAUCAAGAACAUCAUCAGCUAGUUUGAGUGGCCACCCAUCAAGUCAGCAAAAUCUAGCCACGUCCAUGGACCCAAGAAGAAAGUCAUUGAUGGAGAGUGCUGGAAGUCGACCAAACUUCUCAGAGUUUGCUCCCAUUAAACCUACGGACAAGAGAUACAAUUUAUAUUAUCAUUUGUGUGGGCUUUUUCCAGAGCCCAAAGUUAGGAAAAUCAUGAAUGACCAUCCUGAAGAAACCAGUCCUCAAGAGCUCUGUGCUUUGAUCAUUGGCAUGAAGUGAAAUGAAGCCCAGUGGGAAUAUGCUGUGAUGUGCAAUGGUGCAGGUCUCACUAUUUCAAGAAGUACACACAUAUUUGGCUUUCAAAAGCUUUUAUUUGAUAAAUUUUAAUACAUAGCUAUAUCAUGAUUUUAAUUGAUGUAUGUAUAUUAACUUCUUACAAUAUGUACAAAUGACUUUAUAUUUUCAAGUUUUUGCAUGUAAAUAGAAAAAUAAUCAUGCAAACAAAAUGUGAGGAUAAAAAUAGAUUUUUGGGUGUAAAGGUUACUACAGUUUAGUAUACAUGCCAUCUAAAACCUUUACAGAUGUACAUGUAUUAUAAAGUACAUGUAUUGGUACUAAUAUGUAGAAGUGUGAUGCCAAUCAUUGCCAUAUCUCGAUAAGAUUUUAUCCUGUGUGUCAUAAUCAUUUCACAUGUCUCCUCACGCGGCUUUAGUGCUUGUGAGGUAUAUCACAUUCUUUAGAGUCUGUUCUUAUAACAACCUUCUAAAAUUCAAAGGAAGAUAGAGAGGAAUAAUUUAGUGUGUUAUAAUUGUAAGGAGCAUUUUAACACGCCCAUCAUAGACAGAUUGUAUUAUGGUAUGGCGCAGUGUGUCUGUCCAUCUGUCAGGGUAGUCAAACUUGAUUCACAAAAGUAAAAUAUUUCUUCAAUUUGAUAUUUAACAAAACCAUUUGAGAAUGAACAUUUUAUUAAUGCUCUCUGGUAUUGAAGGAAUUUUAAGUGUUGAAAAAACAAUGUGCCAUUAUUUUUUUCUUCUCGAAAAUUUUCUGUCUGAGCUCAUCUCUCCUAAACUUGACAUCAAAAAGUCAAGGUCACUCGGAACAUAUACCUUAUGUAAAGAAAAUCUUCCUUAUUUCAACAGUUUUUGAACAGGUAUUGAUCAUAUAUCACACAAAUAAGUAACAGGCAAGUUGCUUUAAGACAAAGGUUUAUCAAGGUCAAUUUGACAAGGUCAAGAUCACUCAUCACAUAAACCUUGUAUAUCAAAAAAAAUCCUUCAUUUCAAUAAUAUUUCAAUAUCUAUUCAUCUUUUGGACCAAGUUCUCUUGAGGUCAUUUUAAAAAGGUCAAGGUCACUCGGAGCAUGCACUUAUAUGAUAGGGAAGUUCCUUAUUUCAACCAUUUUUGAACAGGUAUUGAUCAUAUUAUCACACAAAUAACAGGCUUUCAGAUAAAGGUCACUCAAGGUCAUUUUUGAAAGGUCAAAGUCACUCAACAUAUACCUUGGAGAGGAAAAAAACACUUCAACUAUAUUUUCUACAGUUAUUGAUCAUUGUGCGAUUCCUCUUUUGUCAUAUGAAGUAGUUGAAUUGUUAGAUGCAGUUCGGGGAGCAUCCAUCAGUUUUACUUAUAUUCUUGUUCUUACUAUAGAAUGGAUUAUUUGGAUUUGAUCACUACUGCAUUAUGGAAUAUAUUGGAUUCGUGUAUUUUGCAGUUUGAUGGUUGCUUUUGUUAUAGAAUUUCUCAGACUACACCAACAUUAUGUAAAAUACCUCAAGAAUCAAGAGUUGAAUAGAGAUAGGGAGCUCAUUGUCAGCAAGUUAUUUCUGAAACUUGGAGUGCUUUUGAGAUCGUCGAUCCCAUUGUUUUCGUGCUGCGUUUUUAAGAGUCGCGAUCGAAUGACAAGAACAUGUGUGCAUAAAUGUGUUCUUGUUAUUCAACCACACUACCUACAGAGGUGGUGCGAGUUCUUGGAUCUUGAACCUGUUCUUGUGAUGCAUACUUGAUGUUCAGUAUCGGCAGGAAUUUGUAUUCAUGAGAAGAACAGCAGUCUUGAAUGCACUCGAAAUUUAAUUGGAUGAUAUAUGCUUACUCGCUUUAUACAUUUUAAUCACGGUUAUUGUGAAGCUUUUAAAUUAAAAUUAAAAAGUGAACAAAACUGAUGACUUUGUUUCAUUAAAUGUGUGGCUAGACAUUCGUCAUAUCAAGUGAAAAUAUUUUAUUAAGUAUUUUUCUCGAUAUUUUGGAUAUUAAGAGGAUAUGUUUUGUAGGAUUUUACCUGGAUAUCAAGAUUGUUUUUCGUUAUUUGUUUAUGAAUUAACUAUGGAAGGGCUAUGUGUAACAUAUUAUUAUAUGUAAAUUUAUACAUGUACAGUGUACAUUAGGUAAUGCUAUUUUGCAUAAUUUUUGUAGUUCAUGGUGUAAAUGAAAUCAAGGCAGAUAAUCCUGAAAAUCAGACAGUUGUAUAUUCUGCCACAUGAACUUGUCAUGCCCCUCAACCAGAAAUUUUAAUUAAGUGGGCAAAUGCAGUGUAUUUAUCAUGCUUAUUGCUUGUACAUAGAAUACCUUCAAUAUUCUAAUAUUUAUUUGCUUUGCUCAUGAUGUACAUGUAUGCUUUGGGGACAUGUUAUAAUCUAUUGGGUUUGUUUCUAGAUUAUUAUUUUUUAUAUCCAACAAGAACCAUUGACACCUAAACAUAUGCAUUAUGAUAAGUAUCUAUCAUGAUUUAGUUAUGGAGUUCCCAUUCUUAACCUGUCUUUCUGUUUUGAUUUUGGUACAUCAUGGUCUUUUAACACCUUACAUAUGAGACAUGUCAUAAUGUUAGGCUCUUGUUACGGAUAUGAUGUUGCAUUCCUUGACACAUUUUUUAUUUCCUUCCCAGCCAAGUUUUCACUGGCUCACCAAAUGUGAACACAGAUGUACUGAUGUGUUUUACGGACAUCACCAGUUAGGUGAAAUGAAUGCGUAACCUCGAUGUCGAGGAAUAUUUUAAUUUUUAGAAGUGUGUACUGUAUUAUUUCAAGUACCAAAAACACGCACAUACAAACACCAUUCAGUGGUCAUGUAUUAAAUAGAUGUGGUUCAUCAGCUUCUGCUAGGGAAACAGUACAGUUAUACCAGGUUUAUUCAGCAGUAAAGACAAAACAUCUUUUAUUGAAACAUUCCGAAUGUGCUAUAUGUCACAGUGAUGACGCCAAUUCUAAACAUGAUAAUUACUUUGUGGUUCCCUAACAGAAAGCUGACUGAAAUGUAUAGAUUAAUGUUAAUAUUGUAGAUAUGAAAACUUGCUGUAUGUAUUUGUGGUGUAAAAUCUACUUAUGUUACAGUGUACAUAGGUAUGUGAUUCCAUAUUAUAGUUAAAAUUAACUGUAUAAUAAAUCUAGUCAGGAAAUGUACAGUUUGUGAAUAUUCAUGAAAAAGAAAUAUGUGAAUAAACUAUGUUUAUGAACCAAAA